AUGACGACUGGCAACGGUGUCAACGGCUUCAAGCACAACGAGGGAACUUUCCUGUUCACCUCCGAGUCUGUUGGCGAGGGCCACCCCGACAAGAUCGCCGAUCAGGUUUCCGACGCCAUUCUCGAUGCCUGCCUGGCUGAGGACCCCCUCUCCAAGGUCGCUUGCGAGACGGCCACCAAGACCGGUAUGAUCAUGGUCUUUGGCGAGAUCACCACCAAGGCCAAGCUCGACUACCAGAAGGUCGUCCGCAACGCCAUCAAGGACAUCGGCUACGAUGACUCCUCCAAGGGUUUCGACUACAAGACCUGCAACCUGCUCGUCGCCAUUGAGGAGCAGUCUCCUGAUAUCGCCCAGGGUCUCCACUACGAGAAGGCUCUCGAGCAGCUCGGUGCCGGUGAUCAGGGUAUCAUGUUCGGCUACGCCACCGACGAGACCCCCGAGCUCUUCCCCCUGACCCUCCUCUUUGCCCACCAGCUGAAUGCUGCCAUGUCCGCUGCCCGCCGCGACGGCUCUCUGCCUUGGCUCCGCCCCGACACCAAGACCCAGGUCACCAUCGAGUACAAGCACGACAAGGGUGCCGUCAUCCCCCAGCGCGUCCACACCGUCGUCGUCUCUGCCCAGCACAGCGAGGACAUCACCACUGAGCAGCUCCGCAAGGAGAUCCUCGAGAAGAUCAUCAAGAAGGUCAUCCCCGCCAAGUACCUCAACGACGAGACCAUCUACCACAUCCAACCCUCUGGCCUCUUCAUCAUCGGUGGCCCUCAGGGUGACGCCGGUCUGACCGGUCGCAAGAUCAUUGUCGACACCUACGGUGGCUGGGGUGCCCACGGUGGUGGUGCUUUCUCCGGAAAGGACUACUCCAAGGUCGACCGUUCCGCUGCCUACGUUGGCCGCUGGAUCGCCAAGUCUCUCGUCAACGCCGGACUCGCCCGUCGUGUUCUUGUCCAGCUCUCCUACGCCAUUGGUGUCGCCGAGCCCCUCUCCAUCUACGUCGACACCUACGGCACUUCCGACAGGACCUCCGACGAGCUCGUCGAGAUCAUCAACCAGAACUUCGACCUGCGCCCUGGUGUCAUUGUCCGUGAGCUCAACCUUGACCGCCCCAUCUACAACCAGACCGCCAAGAACGGUCACUUCGGCACCAACCAGACCUUCACCUGGGAGCAGCCUAAGCAGCUCAAGUUCUAA